ACCAGCAGAUCCUGACCAUGACCCUGGUCCUGGUCAGCUCCUUGUACAUGAGACCCCUGAAAUGGAUUUUCCUGUGGCUGCUGCUGUUUUCCCUGAUCACCAUGUGGUACAUAACCUUCUCCUCCAGGGCUGGCCUGGAGAACGUGAACCCUCUGUACUUCUACGAGAAGGAGCCCGUGUACCGGCGGCCGCGCCCGUUCACGCUGCGCGCGCGCCCCCGGUGCGCCGACCUCCACCCCUUCCUGGUCAUCCUGGUGGCUUCCAGCCCCAGGGACCUGAAAGCCAGGCAGGCCAUCAGGAUCACGUGGGGCUCCCGGGAUUCCUGGUGGGGCCAGCACAUCCUGACCCUGUUCCUGCUGGGGCAGGACACGCAGAGGGAGGACAGGGCGGCGGCGCUGGCGGUGGAGGACGAGAGCAUCCUCUACGGGGACAUCAUCCGCCAGGAUUUCGUGGACACUUACGACAACCUCACCCUGAAGACCAUCAUGGCCUUCCAGUGGCUCUCCGAGUUCUGUUCCAACGCCAGGUUCUUCAUGAAGACCGACGCCGAUGUCUUCAUCAACACUCCCAACCUGGUGAAGUUCCUGCUGCGGCUGAAUUCCUCGGAGAACGUUUUCACCGGCUAUCCCCUCAUCGACAACUUCGCCUACAGAGGCUUCCACAGGAAAAGGUACAUCUCCUACCAGGAGUAUCCCUUCAAGCUCUAUCCUCCCUACUGCAGCGGCCUGGGAUACAUCCUGGAUGGAAAACUGGCUCUGAGGACUUACGAGCUCAUGGGCCACGUCAAACCUCUGAAGUUUGAGGAUGUUUAUGUGGGAAUUUGCGUAAAUAUACUCAAAGUCAACAUCACUGCUCCAGAAGAUGCAGAACAAUUCUUUCUCUAUAAAAUCAACUUUGAUAUCUGUAAGUACAGACAUUUGAUUGCAGUUCACGGCCUUACCUCAAGUGAACUGGUCCAGUUUUGGCAGGAUUUGUCAUCCAACACUACAAAAACCUGCCUUUGAUGGUGGAUUUAUUUAGAAGCUUCGAUUUGCUCUAGAGAUGAUUCUGACUGCUGGGGCAGCAUUCCAGUGCUUUCAGUGAAAACAGGGAUUCACAAAGCACUUUUCCAGGUGUGCAUCCCACACCCAGAGGGUGCCUUGGAACGCUCUGUCCUGUCUGCCUCGGGGCAACCCUGGGAUUUCCCCCUGAAUCUUCUGGAAUGCACAAAAUGCCACCGAGGAAAGGUGCUCCUGCCAAGAAAGCACCUUGGAGGAUGCUUCCUGAAUUCUUGCCUGGAUUAGUUUUAUUGUUUUAUUGCCACUCUCCUUUGUUUGUUCUCAGUACGGAAUUUAACCCAACCCAACCCUUUUUUUUUCUGUGUAACCCUGCUGAGUCUGUCACACCUUGUUGUUUAAAUUUGUUACCUCCACAAGGCUUCCAGGAGUGUUCCCAGCCUGGGGAUCCUGUGGGAUCUGCAGGAGCUGGUGAGAAAUGCUGGAAAUGUGAUGCACUUUGUGUGUCCAUGUUAAACUCUGGUGUUUCUGUUGGUGUUCCCAGACCCGUGGAGCUCACCAUCAAUUUGGACAUCCCAAAAACAUUGGGAUCAUCAAUCCCCCCACCCCUGUGUGAGUUUGUGACGCAUCCCAGGAGUUCUGGAACCCUGUUGUGAUUUAUGCCUGUUUCUAAAUGAGUUUUUUGGUUCCAGUUUUAAAAUUGGUAAAAGGAAGAAAUCCCCCCCAUUGCUACUUUAAAGAAGACCAACUCCUCCCUGUGUGUAAAGACC